GUGGCAAAAGGUCUCUUACUUCAUCGACAGAUGUACCUAAAUUAAGUACAUAGAUAAUUAUUAGAAGAGCUCAUUGUUGCAUGACCUAAUGUGUACAGAAUUUAUUGAAUUCUGGAAUGUGUUUAAGUAGCUGCAGUGUAUGACCUGGAAAGUGCAACUUACAUGUCCCUUUCUGAUUGAGAAAGAGGGUGAAGAGACAUAAGCAAAAAAAGUAUUUAGGAGACCUUAUUUUGAAAAGGAUUGUAAAAACAGUUUAGAAUGGCAGGGCUGAAGUAGCUGGCAGUAGCAACACUUAAGAUACUGACAGCAUAUGAAAUAGGUGUUUUCUAAAAAGUAAAUUGAAUAAUUGACAGUAUCUAAAUGUAAGACUUGCUCUCUCUGAUAACCCUGUGAAGUUUAAAAUGCUGCUUAUACUGGAGUUUUAUUUGUAUUUGGUUUUUAUUUACAUCUUAUUCUUAAAUUUGAGUUUGGUUGAGUUGUUCAAGGGCAGCAUUAAAUCUGUGUUUGGUAGUUUAAAAAAUUGUGAAACUUAAGUCCCCUUUUUACUAUGCUUUAGAAAUCAAACAUAGCAAAGAACUUCAUUACAGAGCUCCUAAUGUAAAGAACUGUAGAAAAAGAAAAGUUCAGGUGUACUUUUUUAUCAGAAAUAAUACAAGUUGAGUUGGUUGGCCAGAGCAGAAAACCUGAAGGACUAACCUGAUGAUCUCCAGCUGUCAUGAGUUAUGGAAGAGGGGUUUGCUCUUGAUGGAGGAUAUGAAUGUUCCUUUUAGCUCUUCUCGCUCUUCUCGGUGUUCAGCAGUAGAAGCAGGAUGGUUGGCCUUCCAAGAGUGCAGCAGGUGAUUGUGCAAGCGUGAUGCAGCUGUGGGUUAAUGAAGUCAAUUAAAACGAUCCCAUAUGUGAGAUGAAUGCAUAAGUCUGCAGCUAUAAAGCACAAACAGGAAGAAAGGCCCAAAAGCAUGGAAGGAUGUACAAGUGUGUAGUUCUUAGUGCCCAAGUCGUAAUAUUUCACGUUAGUGAAGUGGUGAGAGAAGAUAUGUGGGAAAACUUGGUACUAAAAAUAUGUCUGAUAAUUGUGCAUGGAGAAUACUGGAAAGAACUGUCCAUUUGGUAUCUAAGUACACUGAUCAAAAUACAAUUUGUUUCAACUGCUGCCCCUUAACACUUGAUAUCAUGCAGGCUGCUGGCCAAAUGAAUGCUUAGGAGGGCAUGGGUAGAUUAAUCUUGCAGGCCUCUUGCUCUUGUCUCACAGCAUUCAUUUUAGCCCCUGACUUGCUUAUUAGAAAUGGUAUUCUUUUUUCCAUUUUUGGUUCUUGCUUUUUAAUUUUGUUUACAGGGAAUUGACUUUCCGGUAAAUGUUUAAUUUUCCUAUGUGUCUGGUAUUCAAAGGUUUUGAAUUCUGCGUGACAAAUAUUGGGUCCCAUGCUGGCUAGCGAAAGUGUUCUGACUUAAAUGGUGCUCAGACUGAACUGGAGAAAUGGCCACUACGCAAUCUGUCUUCACAUUUGCUCUCUGCAUUUUAAUGAUAACGGAAUUAAUACUGGCUACAGAGAGUUAUUAUGAUAUCUUAGGAGUUCCAAAAAAUGCAUCUGACCGCCAGAUUAAGAAGGCAUUUCACAAGCUGGCUAUGAAAUACCACCCAGACAAAAAUAAGAGUCCUGGAGCAGAAGCAAAAUUUAGAGAAAUUGCUGAAGCAUAUGAAACAUUGUCAGAUGAGAAUAAACGAAGAGAAUAUGAUCAGCUUGGCCGUCACGGAGGAAGAGGAAGUAAUGGAAGUCCAUUCCAUCAGUCAUUCAAUUUCAACUUUGACGAUCUCUUCAAAGACUUUGACCUGUUUAGUCAAAACUCGCGGUCAAAAAAGCACUUUGAAAAUCACUUCCGAAGUCAUCGGGAGGCUCAUAACCGGCAAAGACGCUCUUUCCAAGAGUUUUCUUUUGGAGGUGGACUGUUUGAUGAUGUGUUUGAAAAUAUGGAAAAGAUGUUUUCGUUCAGUGACUUUGAAAAUGCACACAGACACGCGGUGCGAACUGAUGCCAGGUUUCAUGGAUCCAGCAAGCACUGCAGGACUGUCACUCAGAGACGAGGAAACAUGGUUACCACAUACACCGACUGUUCUGGACAAUAAUGUUUCCUUUCUUCUAAACUUUUCUUCUUUACUCAACAUCUUCAUAAUCUUUCUUGGUUUUGUGCUAACAUGGAAGAAAUUCUCUGAACUGUAUUUUCUAAAAAACACUUAAACUACUAUAAAGAAGUUGUAGACGAAAUUAAUCUUCAGAAUAGAAACAACAUGCUGUUGGGAAGUAAAUGUGUCAACAACUACUUAGAAUGGGAGAGAAAUAAUCUCGUGUGACAGAAAAAAAUAUAUAUAUUUCAGUUUAGUAAACACUUUCCUUAAAUUUGAACACAAGAUAUAUAUUUUUCAUUUCAGAAAUGUAAUAUAAUUUUUCUCAUGUAAGCCAGUUCAGGACUGAUUGAAUUACUGGUGUGUGGAUUGAAGCAGAGGAGAUACUUUAAUUUUGGUGUGCUGCUUUUUUUUUAAUCAUUUCUUUCCAAGUUUGCACUUGCAGUUUUUACCUGAUAGAGAUUUACUGUGCAAAUUACGUAAUUUACACAAAAUAGCAGCAGAAGUGUAACUUCCCUGAGUCUUUGUUACUCUCUCUAGCAUUGCAAAAGUAUUAGUAAAACCCUUAACUUUUUGAAGUUGGAAAAUAGCAAGGGAAUAUGUGAAGGCUGUGAGUGAUGUAGGAAUUAGUUUAAUUUUUGAAUUGGCCUGAAAGGAUUUUAUAAUUUGAAUAGCCCUUGACUUCUUUAGGGGGGACAUUGGGAUAUUCAUGUAUGUACGUUUGUGUGCACACAAAGUUUUUGUUUUGGUUUUUUCUUCCCCUCCUUCCACAGUACAAAUAUCUCUCUGACAAGAUUUGGAAGGGCACACCCAAAGCACUCUUGUUUUAUACUUACUGUAUUACCAUGUGUGCAAUGUACUUUUUGUAACUCACUUUAUUGAACUGAAAUGUCCCUCUGAGAUCUUAGGAACUUCAAUAAGAUAAGCUUGUCUACAGAUUCGUGGUGUUCCUGAAAGGGCCUUAGGAAAAGCUACAGCAUUUAGAUUGACAGAUUUAUUACCUGUCAGCAGGAAUUUUUCAGUGUUGUGAUUUGAGAGGUAAAUUCUUAGCUUAACCACAGAGUAAAACUGAAAAUUACAAUCCUUGUGUUCAUCCAAUGCCUUAUGGGGCUGGAAACUGCUAAUAAGGACAGCAUUAAUGGGUAUUGAUUUUAGCACCAUGGAAACUCACAACCGUUGUAAACUACUUAAAAAUAAAAAGGAAGAAAAAAACACCAGAAAAUGCUGCACAACAAAACCCCCGAAUACUUUAGCUGAUGUCAAUCAAGAAGAUCUGUCGUAGCCUAGUUUAACUAGUAUCUUCUGUUUAACUAGUCUUACAGGCUCAGUGUGUUAAAUUGGCUGUCCCUUUAGAAAUGGGAAGUAAGAAUUUACCUUUCAGGUUGAUUGCAUGAGCAAAAUAAGCAUUUUAACUAGCAGUGUUCUAAAUAGGCUUUGAGUUCUUAAAAUCUUUAUGAAGAGGUUUAACCCUUUGCUUCUCGGAUGGGUAUUGAAAGCUGCCUAUUUGUUAAGGAUCUUCAGCCUUCCCCUCAAGAGUGUGUGCUAUCGCUUGUUUUCAUUGCCUAAUCCUUGCAAUGGAUUGUUGCGCUAUAUUAAGUGCUUUUCCUUUUCCAUGUUCUUCUUUAUUUAUUAAUAGACUAAUACCUCAUAUAUGGUCUUUAUUAAAAGCCAGUAAUUUGUGCAACAUUAUCGGAAUGUGCAAUAUUCUUACAGUAAGAACAGUGCUGGAUUGAGUGUGUUUGUUUUUUUCACCCUUUUCUGUGUAAGUAGAGAUUUUUUGUUUCUUCUGUAUAAAUAAUAUAUGAUUCAAGCAAAAGUUGUACUUUUCUGUAGAUUUCUGCAUUUAUUUUCUUUAACAUACUCCAUUAGUCCUGUGCAUGAAUCAAACUAUUUGCCCAAUUCAUAUUACAUGGGCAUCCAAGUGAACAAAUUAUUAACCUGAAGUUAUGAAUUACUUCCUCUCGCAAAGAUUAAGUAUUAAACAUGAGAGUAUUUGUGAAUGUCCUUUGGUGGGAGGCAAUUCUAGAAGUGGGAUGCACAGGUGAAAUAUUAAUGCCUUUCUUAGUUGAGUGAAUAUUUUCUUAAUUAAAAAAAAAA